UUAGAUUGAAUAAUUAGAAUAGUUUCUUGAAUAUGCUGGUAGUAUUAUUGAAAAUACUGCUUCUGGUAGAGUUCUGCGGUCUUCAAUAUCUCAUGGUGAAUGGUAGCUUGUUGGAACAUGGUAAUGAUGAGGUUGUAUAUGAAGAUUUAUCAAUUUUUAAUGGAAUUCCAUCAUGUGAUUCGAAUUGUUCUUAUAUAUCAAGCAGGAAUAGAAAACAUAUGACAUGUUUGAUCAAAGAUUGCAAUUACUCAAUGACUGCAGAGCAAAACUAUUCAGUGCGUCCUCGAAUCUUUGAUAUUUCAUUUGUUAAAUUUCAAGACAUCGAUGGAAGACAAAAACUAGCUUUGAAUUUGAAAUGGUCUCCUCCAUAUUUUGGGAUUUUGAGGCACACAAAUGGAUAUUUACUAAAUAUAACAGAUGGAAUCACAAAUUAUAUAAGAUGUUAUCGUAUAUACGAAAGUAUGGAUUACCACAGUAACAAGAAGGAUAUAUUUGAAAACAGUUGUUACGGAAAAUACUCCAAUACAUUUGUACGUUAUGGUUCAACAAUCAAUGUAUCGAUAUCAAGUUUACCAUUAAACAAAAACAACUUAGCUUAUACAAGAACUGAUGCGGUUGUUCAAGUACCUAAUGAUGAUGUUACUCCAACAAUAAAACAAUGUGCUUCAAACUGCAAUACUUUUGCAACAAGCGUCAAUGAUGGACAAACACAUGAGAUACAAUGUGUUCAUAUAGAUGCUAAUAGAGUUUCUUCUUGUGCAAAGAAAUCGAAAAGUUUGGGAAAUGCUCCAGAAUCUGUUGAAAAUACAAAAGGCUGGUAUAAAUACAAAGACUUCGAAGAUAAAAACAAUAUCAAAUUAGCUCUAAAUUUUUCAUGGACUUUUGGAAGUGAAUAUAACAUGAGUGAUUUUGGUUAUUUCAUUGAAGUGAAAAACAAAAACAAAAUGGAGAAGCACGAUAAAAACUCAUCAUAUACAAAAUGUUUUUCAAUGGCACAUACUCGCAAACUACUUGGUCAUAAAAUGAAGCCCACGUUCUUUUUUGAUUGCUAUGGGCGGGACAGUGGCACUUAUGUCAAGCCUGGUGAAAUAUACAAAGUGAGAGUACACAGUCUGCCAGGACUUAGCAGCUUGAAAUUUCACAUCAAUAUCCCAGAUUGUGAUGAUCCACAUAUGUUUGAUGUAUCUGAUUGUCAAGGUGGUGAAAAUGUGUUGUAUGGUGCAUCCAAGAUACAUUGUGAAAAUAGGAGUGUUGAAUUUUCCUACAAAGUAUCACAUCAUUAUGGGAAUCGUGCAAUUAUUGUUUUCUGUCAGGAAUACGAACAACAUACAGCGUGUAAUAACAUCUAUCAAUAUUUCACGGACCUAAAGCCAUGUGGUGUAUUGUACAAUCUCAGUCUUCCAUCACAUUUUAAUUUAUCACUGCCUUGUCAUAUCAAACUCAUGGGAAACAAAAAUGGAAAUGCCGUUCAUGAUACAAUCGUCAACUUCUAUGAUUGCACCAUUCAUGCAUCAUCUAAAAGUAGUAAUCAAAACAUAGUUUGGCCCCUGGUGAUAUCACUCGUGUUUGUCGGGUUCUUAGUUGUCUCUUUCAUAAUUCUUCGGCUACGUAUAAGACGUCGAAUAUUAAAGAAAUCACAUGGCUGUAAAACAAAUGACAAUAAUAAUGUUGAUGCUCUUCAAAUGAUAAUGCCAGAUACUGAAGAAGAAAAUAUGGAACAGCAACCUUGUAUGUUACAACAAAAAAACAAGAUAUUUGUCAUGUCCUCGUUGAAUUGGGAUACGCACAAUAAAGUCGUGUCAAGCUUCUGUACUUUUCUCAGAGCUACUUUAGGCCUGGACGUUGAUACAGCAUUGUGGCACAGCAGAGAAAUUGCUGAGUAUCCAGAUAGAUAUUUCAUUGAGAAUCUAAACAGAGCAAGUAAGGUCAUCAUCCUCUGUUCGAAAGAAAACAAAAAUUGUUUGGGGAAUGAUGAUAUUUGUGGUUGUAGAUUUUGUUCCAUUGUGAAACAUAUUUGCAGCUUGGCUUUUGGGAAAGACACUGGAAAAUUCUUGGUUGCCCACUAUAGUUCUGAAGAACACAUACCAGUACGAUUGAACAAGAUGAACUUUCCGAUUUUUAAAUUGAUGGAAGAAUUUGAAAGACUUUAUUUUCAUCUGAUUGAUACAGAACAAUAUCAACACAAUGGGAGGAAAAUUUAUAUAGAAGAGGUUACAUCACAAGGAAUUUAUAAGACAAAACAUGGAAAAGAUUUAUGUGAAGCUAUCACUCGACAACAAAAUGCUGAGAUAGAGGAGCUACCUGAAGGUGUCAAUGUUUUUGUGGUAACUGCUAUAGAUUGCAAAGCUCACAGAAGAGUUGUGUCCGAUUUCUGUUCCCUUCUCAAAGGAGACCUCGGUCUGGAAGUGGACACACCUAUAUGGGACGACACAAGCAUAGUUGCAGAAAACCCGUUUGACUAUCUAAUUGAAAAAAUAAACAAAGCUCAAAAGGUCAUCAUUUUAUGCUCAAAAACACACAAUACUUCACGUUUGAACAAUGAAGAUAUUUGUAAUUGUAUGUUUUGUCGAAUCAUCACAUUUAUAAGUAAUUUGGCAUUUGGAGAUGUUACAGGAAAGUUUUUGGUUGCAUAUUUUGACUAUUCUUCUGAGCAUGAUAUACCUGAAAUAAUCAGUAAGUUGAGCCUUCCAACCUUCAAACUGAUAGAUGAAUUUGAACCACUCUAUUUCAACUUGAUCGAAACAGAACAAUAUCAAAAAGGAAUGAAAAUCAAUGUAGAACAAAUUUUACCUCAUGAAAUCUACAAUUCGAUGCACGGAAAAAAAUUAUUGGAAUCUAUAACUAAAAUGAUAAAGAGUCCAUCAGAAGAUAAAGAACAAUUAGAUGUUUGUACUCCUUUAUUAUCAUAAGGGUUUCAAUUAAAAACUGACUGCCUGAUAUGUUCACUUUCAAGCUGUUUGUGCUUUAACAAGAAGCGAUUUUGACCUGAAGCAUGUAACAAAAAGCCAUGAACAUUUCAUUGCCAUACUUUUAGCAUUGCCCUACUAGUUUUUUGUUGGGUGCUUUUUUAGAAUUAAGUGUCGUUUGAAAUGUGUUUUCUUUUGAAAAUGCAAAAAAGUUCUAUGAUUUUAUCUUAUUGUCACUGUAAUGCAUCAUUACCUAUCGUCUGUUUCAAUUGUUUCUUUUUCUACUAUUUUUUCACUCUGAACAGCUAUAAUGGUCUAAUGAUCCUUUCUGUAUUAUGCUUUGUCAACAAUUUUGGUGCUUGUCUAAAUAUGCCCACUGUUAAAUAUAAUAUGUUAUCUAAUUAUAUGAAGUCUUUCUGUCUGGUACAUAUUUUCAACAUCUUUACUUCUCUGGCUACCAUGAUCUUCAUCAGCUAAUAUGCAAUUGUUAUAAUAAAUUUUCUUCAUUUUAAAA